AUUUUUAAAUAUAUAUUUUAUAACAAUUUGUCUAUGAUUCAUAUAUAAAUAGGCAGAUCGAGUAUAGUUAAUGUCCGGAGGGGGGCAGCAAUGCACACAGAGCGCUUUAAUAUCAACAUAAAUAUACCAGACGAAGAAUGUCACCUGUAAAAGUUUUGUUAGCUCAUAUAUUUACAGUAGCUUCAAUAUUGUCAUUCCUGCAGACCGCUUGGUAUUGACCGUAAUGGAGGUGGUAUGGGAGGACCCUCCAGUCCCUGAGGCUCCCUUCUUUACCAAAGAUCUCUAUGACAAAUAUUCACUUGCACCUAAUAUCAGAGAACUGUGGGCCUUUCUCCAAAGUCCUGUAGAUAACAUAAAGGAGGACUGUAUGACUGCAAAAGCCUCCUGCACUCAUUCCACAAAAGAAGCUGCAGCGGUUGAAGACAACAGUUUCAUCAGCAAGCACGAGUCUUGUUGGGACAGCUAUGACAGUGACAAUCUGUGUGCAGACAAUACUGAGGGAGAUUCAGAACAAUGUAAGGAUACUGAAAAAUCAAGUGUCAAAUUUAAGCAGGUAGAGAAUGAGGCCGGGGCUGUUUACCCUGAACCCAGACUGCCAUUCCCGUGUAGUUCCAGCCUGUCCAGCAAAGAACAGAAGACGUAUCUUGGCAUUUUGAUGAGUAAAAAAACAAGAGAUCCUCCCCAGUCCCAAAACUUUCUCUCCGGCAAGGUGGAUAUUACAGACCACAAGAUAGUGCCUGCUGAUGCACAGAUUGCAUCGGAUUAUCAGAGUGUUUCAUCAGAGAAUCCUCCAGCUAAAAAGGCCAAGGACAUACAGGGUCAAAACCAACGGUCAGCGGAUAAAUCCCGAAAACCCUGUGGCUUUAGGGCCCUACUUGUUGAUCGAACCCUCGUCGGUGCUAGACAAGGCCCUGACUUGGGGCAAUGGGAACCCCUUUUUUGUGUAAAAUUAAACCCCGGAAAAGGCAAUAGUGGGAAGAAGACUGUGUACAUUGACUCACCGCUUCUGAAGACUGAAAUGACAGUGAGAGAAAGGAGUCAUAUCUACCAUGAGGAGAGUUUGAAGCUUUCCAUCAAGAAGAAUGGAAGUACAAAUGUGUUCCAUUUAAUGACAGAGCUUCCUGAGGAUGAGCAGAAAGUCUCACCGGAAAGCUCAAAAAGAAACGUAGUGUCUUUUGAAAACAAUGGCCUGUACUUUGAGGUGGACUUUACUGAUCUGGAGACAUUUGGAGAGACGGCACCCGUUAAAACCCCCAAGAUGCAGAAGACACAGACUGAGCAGGAUGCAUGUGUUUUAAGGAAAAAAGCUUCAUGUUCCCCAUCCUUAAGUAAGACCAAAGAGAUGGACACCUUAUUGACAGAUCUGGAGGAUCCCAUUACAGAGGAGACAACUCAGCCAGUUCUGAAUGAGGAAAAUGUGCCAAAAACUGAACAAAUGGGAACGGACUCUGCUCAGGACAGUGGCGAAGAGCUGCCUUUUAUAGUAGACUCAGAUGAGGAGAAGCUGGUAAUUGAUGACUGUGUGUCUCCAGCUAAAACACCUACAAAACAACAUAAGCCUAAGACCAUUCUAAAGUCCCCAAUUACUCCUGUCUCCCCGUCUGCACCUGUAAAUUCAGAGUCCUCUUCCCCUCAAAAAGUUACAAAGCAGAGGCGACAAUCCAAAAAAACAAACUCAUCUGGCGACCAGCUGGGUGAGAUCCUGCGCAUGCAGACAGCCAUGUUCAAUUCUGCAAAUGACACAGCCCCGUGCUCCGCCAUAUCCCAGGAGACCAACUCACCCACCCGAGGUAUGGGACCCUCACUUCACUCUCAUCCAAUGUCUCUGGUUAAGGCCUGUGUGUCCUCAUAUUUGGAGAGAAAACAGAACCACGAUGAAGAGACCUGCGCUGUUUCUCACGAAUCUGCACCGGUGGUAAACGUCACUGCCACGGAGCACAAAAAAAUACUGUCACAAGACCUGCAGGCUGGUGCUGAGGAUGAACACGAUUACAAGGCUCCAGAGGAAGGCAACCUGCUCUAUAAGCUCUACAGUCUGCAAGAUUUGCUGCUCAUGGUGUGCAGCUCUGUCUCACUGACCCAUACCAGAAAAGUAGGCCAAAAAAGCCAAAACCAGUAUGUGCCAGUGCAUGUCUUGCCCAAGCUGGAGUACCAAUUGAGUUAUGGUGUGGAGUGUCUAAGCAGCAGUGAGGCUUGCCAGCUAUGGACUGAGACAUUGCUCCACUCUAGCACUGUAUCCUACAUAGCUCACAUCAAUGCGCACACAUCAAAAGUAGCUGUACUGAGAAAGCUGCCUGACAACUGGAAACAGAACAUUUCCUGUGGGUUCAAGCCUUCCAAUUCGCUGAAUAUACUGCAGCACUUACUGAAAAAGCUAACUGGGUUGGAGGAAGGACGGUACCUGAUUGUGCACAAGGCAGGGGAACCAUUUGUGACCUUGUUAAAAGCGGCUAAUGGGAAAGUGAGUCGGGGGGCAUACAACCUGCAGCAGGUCCAUAGCUCAGUCCCAACUCUCCCGGGCCCUGGCCUUGUGCCCUGGAUACCUGUUGAUCCCACUGUGGUCCUGCCCUUCCACCAGAAACACGGCCGUGUCCCCUGCACUUUCCCACCAACACCCUUCAUAAAGACAACAAAAGGUGGGUCAUUGCAGUCCAACAACCAUGGAGCUGGGCAGUCAAAGAACAACUUCAGUGCAGGAGGCAACACCAAGAAAAAGAAAAAGAAACGUGCAGCCAGGCGCAACAAGUAUAUUAAAAAGCUAGUUCAGAAGUCCAUUUAAAUAAUCCAAUGUCAAAGGAUUUAAUAUCCUGUCAUUUGUUUCAUUUCAUAUUAGGUAAGUCAGAUAAGGACUUGUACUGCAAAGGAAAGGAAACCACUGACAAUAUCUGUGAUACUAGAACUACUGGAAAUACAUUAUGACCUUUAACAUAAAUGUGAAUGCUGAAGCGCUCAAUAAAGAAUAUACAAGUUUUUAUAUUCUAAUUCUGUUCAGAGACAUGUUUUGUAUAUUUUGUCAAUUGUAAUGUUUUGUGAAAACAGA